GAUAGUGACAAAAUGCCUUUAAUCGUAUUUUUUCUGCUUAUGAUCAGAGCUGGCUGUUGUACUGAAGAAUUUAAGUUUGAAGUAAAGACCGCAACUGUUGGAGAAAAUGUGACCCUUAGCUGUCCACACCAGACCUCCGCUCUCUACAGAGAAACUUUGUAUUGGAUCCGACUUGUUUCUGGAAAUUGGCCUGAAUUUCUCGGAGCAACAUUUAACUUCAUGGACGAUGAUGUUUCCAAGAUCUCUCACAUUCAGACAAAACAAGAACAGGGAACAUUUCUUCUACAUAUUAAUAAAGCCAAACGCAACGACAACGGACUCUACUACUGUAUUAAAAUCAGACAACUUGAUUUCAUAUUUAUUAAUGGCAAUGUUCUAAAAGUGCAAGGACUAGAAUCAGAUAUCACUGAUAUCAUCCAGAUGCCUCCAUCUAGCCCAGUUUAUCCAGAAACCCGCGAGACUCUUCAGUGUUCAGUUCUCUCUGACUCUGAGAGGAAACCGUGUCCAACAGAUAACAGGGUUUACUGGUUCAAAGCUGGAUCAGAUCAUUCUCAUCCCAGUUUACUUUAUCUACAAGAAAACAGUGGAGAUGAGUGUGAAAGCAGUCCCGAAGCUCCCUCUGCACAGAGAUGUUUUUACAACUUCUCUGAGACCUCUGACGCUGGGACUUAUCACUGCGCUGUGGCUGCAUGUGGACAGAUAUUAUUUGGACAUGGAGCCAAGCUCCAUUAUGAAGGUAAAAGUCUUACAUUUCCUCUUUAUCAGAUAAUUUGCUUCAACUAUGGUGACAUAGGAAGUAUAUAG